CUAGAAGGUGGUUUCCCAGUAAAAUUCUUGGGGAAUUCCCUUAAAUUGUUGUAACAUUUGUUAAAAACGGGAAGUUAUAAUAGUCAGCCCAUCUCAGUUUUUUAUAUUUUAAACUAUUUAGCGUUAUGUAUAAAAUAGUUGUAUCAAUUGACAAGUUACCGACCGAAUUACGAACAAUUAAAGCAACGACAGUAUGGCGGGGUGACCUGUGUGACAUUAACACAGAGUUCGUGAGAGAUAUUCCACCACCGUUGCGCCCUACAAAUGUACGGAGAGGGGGAAUAUCUGCAAUUAUAUGUUUUGCCAUUCUUCGUAGUUAUCCUGAAGCUUCAGUUUCCAACUUCCGCCAACUUACUGAUUCUCAGUUGAUCUUCACUGUGGAAAAUGAAGGUCAACUAAUCGACGAUAUUAAAAGUGAAGUGGGCAAUCGGAAAUUAAACUCAAGUCUGCAAGAUUUGCCCUCACUGCUAUCAGACAGUUUAUACAGCGUUUUUAAGACAUCCACAUUGACAUUUGAACUAGAACUGACCAGGUCGUCAACUGUGCAAAUUGAUUCAAAGACAACAGUACCUGACAAUAGAAACAGGGAAAACAAUGAAAAUGAUUUGUCUCAUGAAAUGUCAACGAAUCCAAAAGUCAAAGAGUCAUCAACCAAUCUGCAAUGCACGGAAACAACAGUUGAUUCAUCUAAGUUUAGAUUUGAGGAUAUGUUAAGUUUUCUUACUGAGGAUGAUGGUGCAUCUCUAUUUAAUGAGGGUAAAUAUAGAGAAGCAAUUCCAUUUUUGGAGUCUUCCUUAAAAACUGUGCCAGAUCAAGAGCAACCACUACUACAACUUAAACUGGCUCUUUGUCUCCGUGCCUGUAAUAGAGAAUAUAAUUCCUUUCUUACUAAAGCUCUUACAUCUGUUGAAAAACAAGACACCAGCUUAAACAAUAUCAUGGGAUACGCAGAGGAAUUUAUUCAUAUUGCUAAGAAAUAUGAGAAGGAAAAGUCCUUUGUCCCAGCUGUUCUAAUAUAUUAUGCAUCAGCAACAAUUUACAGCAAGACCAUGCAUGUUACAACAGUAUUUCCAAAAUUGUCUAACUGUAUGACUGAUAUUCUGAGUGUUGCACAAGAAAAUUCGACUCAAUCAUGUGUAAAACUGGUUCUUAGCAAGUUGACUCAGAUCAUCAACUUACUAAAAUCAAUGAAAGAAUGUGAGGAACAAGCAGAGGCUAUUGGUACAGGGUAUAUGUAUUUGGGUGGCCUUUACAAUGCUCAUGGUAUGCUUAAUAAAGCAAUCAGCUCAUUUCAAUCUGGCAUUGAGGUCUUGGAAAAGGCUUCGGGAAAAAAUGCUGCAAAGAACAGUGAUUAUGGCAUGACAACUUACCAUUUGGCUCGUUCAAUGCGAAAAGUUGGAGAAAACCCCUUGCAAGUGGAGAGGAUUUUAAUGACAGCUAUUGAGCGGCAAAAAGGAGCAGAAGACUGGAAGCUGCAUUCAAAAACAAAACAACAACAACUGAAAGAAAGUGAAGAUGAGCUUAAAAAACUGAGAUGUUCCCCAGCAUACCGAUCCUGUUUGGUGGAAGAGAAAAAAAGUAAAUAUGAACAAGAGAAAACAAGUAAUCAACAAGGUGGUGCACAACGACUAAACAAACCAGAUGAACACACAGAAUUUACAGAUGAUGAAAAAGUGGGAUUGAAAGAUGAAAACCAAUUCCAUUUUGAACAAGUUUUGGAGCAACAACGAGCAGAAGAUAAGUUUGAUCAAGGUUGCUUUGAUGAGGCUCUUCCUCACUUGGAGGAAGCUUUAAAAAAUGCCCCCCCAGAAGAAGCAAUCUAUUUAAAACUUAAAAUAGCAUUAUGCCAAAAAAAGCUCGGGAAGAAUGAAGAAAGCAAACGACUUGUUACUUCUGUAAUGAAAAACUUAACGGAAAAUCCACCAAAUGAGUACAAGUGCUUUGCAACAGCAGAAUUAAUACGAAAGAUUGCAGAAAAAUAUGUAGAGUAUUCCUACUUCUCAAUGGCUGUGUGGAUGUAUGUGACAGCAGCCAAACUAUUUUCCUUAAGUUCAGAUCAUUCAAACGCUCUCAUUGGCAUUUACAAUUCCAUGAAAAAUUUAGAUCAUAUAAAUGAUAUUAAAGGAACAAGCACGUAUGUUGACACCUUUCUCCACACUGCUCUCACAGAAGUUUUAAACAUGAUGGUAGCGUUUAGUACAACACACAACAUCCAACAUAAAGCGAAAUACCUGGGAAAAGCAUACCAUUUGUUUGGAGUAUUUUGUUACACAAAUAAAAACAUGCAAGAUGCCAUAUCACUAUAUCAAAAAGGAAUUAAAAUUUAUGAAGAGGAAUUUGGAUCGGAUGCAAAAUAUUAUUUUCUUUAUGGUGUCUGCACCCACAACUUAGCUGUGAGCAUAGAAACCAACGGCCAAAUAAAUGAAGCAAGAGAAAUGUUCGUUAUAGCAAUGGACCGACAAAUGGCAGCAACUGACUGGGAAUCAGAAGACAAAAGGAAACGAUCAAUAAAUCUUACCAGAGUAGGUCUAGAAAGAACAUCAGUAUACUCCACGCACAAGUAAAAACAAAGUGUAGAUUGAUACAUCGGGGAAGUGACAAACAUUAUUUUGGUGUUCAUCCUUUUAAUGAAUAUGUAAUAUUUAAAUUUAAUGCUAAUAUAUUACUGGUGACCUACUAUUGUUUUUUCACUGUGGUGUGGGUAAUACCAAAAACAUGAAAUAUUUUAGUAAAUAAUUUUCCUUAGCUUUGUAUUGAACCAGUAUAUUAGUUUGAAUCAUUUUGUUACUGUUUUAUCUUUCUUUGUAAAUCUAAAAUAAAAUGCAUCUAUUUUAUUGUACUGUAAACGUAUUGUUGGAUUUUUUUCUAUCUGUUGAUCUGUAAUUGACAUAUAUU